AUGACACUAGUUUCUUUAAGUUUUAAAUUUUUUAGGGACUUGGAAACAGCCCUUGAGGCAGUUAAGAACAGUGAUGCCCGUCUUUCAGCGUUUCUUCUUAAAUCCAUAAAACAAGGUGGAUCGCUGUUAAAACAGCACACUGCACUCCUCCGUGAUCAGCUAAAAGAAUCCGAGAAAGAGUAUCAACAGAAGGUAGAAAUCCUUACCAGACAUAUGAACGAAUUGUACAAGCAGGAGGAGGAUAUAAAAAAGAAAAAAGAAAAACUGGAAACAAAGAAACACUUGUUGGUCAAUGAAAGGGAAUUGUGCAGUCGAAAGAAGGAGGAUGCAAGGAGGAGAUAUCAAGAGGCGCAGAAAGAGAUGAAGGAAGCUGAGAGCAAAAUGAAGGAAUUUCAUGAUUAUUGGUGGGUGCCCGUUUAUGGCACCUACCUUGUUCUUCGAGAAGUUUUUGAUUCCAACACGACAAAGUACCUUAACGCGUACAAAGAGAUGCAAGGAUAUGCAAGAGACAUGGAGAGAGCCGAGACAGACAUCGCAUGGGUGAACUCUGCCAUUUGGGAGGUACGGUUGUAAUUUUGUAUUUUACAUGUGUGGUGUUUACUCUCGUAUCCCCUGCAUGUCAAUUUGUGGCUCUUUUUUGCCCUAUCAAUAUGAACUAAAAAGUUGAGGAAUAUAUUUUACCUAUAAAAGAGCUUUUCUCAAAGUCCUUAUGCCUAAUAGUUCCUCCUUUUAUCCACAUUCCUAUUGCGAUAACUAGGCAUAUCUCACAGCGUUUUAAACCACGCUCUUUACAGCUGAAACUCAAUGCGAUAAGCUCUCCUCCAUAGCAGAGUAUUUUGGUGCACCCAAACUAUUUUACUAGUUGAGCAUCAACAUUGUUUUGGUGAUGAUACACAACUUUUUUACUCCAAGGAUAAUACUUUAUCAUAAGCUUCUCGUCAUAAAGGAAUGGUGGUAGUCUAUUACAUAUUACAAGCCAACUGGAAACACUUUAAAUUGCAUCACAAGAGUAAAGGAAAGAAAAAACAAACAUAUAACGAAUCGAGCACAAUGUUGUAAACUUUUGGAUUUGGCACUGCCACGGAUCUAACUGGCGUAGACAUUAUACAUAACUACUAAGUGUAUACCAGAACAGAAAAAAAUUGUGUCAUGGAAACAAGAAAACGUAAUAGAAAAUAGUAUGUCUAAAGAUAUAUGGGUAUGUAAAGUCCAUAUACUACACAAACAUACAAACAAAUUACUCUUCAGAGUAAUUUUAGAAGAGACCGUUCGGGAAGUAGCCAUUAUGUUUCUAGAGGUAUACGCACAUUUCUGAGAAAUCAGAGAAACCGUUUGGCGGCUCAGGCUUGCAAACGUUGAGAGAGAAGCAACACUCAGCAAUACGUCUACAUUUGCAGGCCAAAAAUUAUUCAAGUCUCUCCUUGGCCCUAGUUUCCACAUUCCUUUGGUCAAAUUUGCACUCAUGAGUUUUGGUGACUGGGGCGAUUGAGACCAAUGAUCCAAUUAGGUAUGGGACGAUGUUACUUGUCUUUUGGUGCCAAUGGUAUGAUUUGUAUUUAUGUUGAAAUGAAUGUCAGUCUAUUUUUCUAUCGGUAAAAUGUGUGAAAUGGGGCGUAUGGCGGAGUAACUUCUCUUGUGCCUGGUUGGCGAUAGCGGAAUUCCAGUGGUCCAUUGUUAUCAAUAUAUGGUAUGAUUGGCACCAGUAGAAAUGGCUGUGAGAAUGUUGGUGAAAUGCAUCUCUGAAAAGAAACGUCAAAAGAGUAAUUUCUUAUUGUACCUGGCUAAGUAUAAAAGGAAGUUCAAAUGGUCCAUUGGUACACCCCCUUGAACGAUUGGUUCCAGAAGAAAUGAAGGUCAUGUCUAUUUCGUCAAUUGGCGAAAUUCAUUUCGUUAUGUCAUUUAGGUAUGUAAUAGGUAUGUUAUAUCAGUUGGGUAUAGCCGGCUAACCGUAUAGGGAGAUUCUGGUGGGCCAUUAGAACCAACUGUAGAAGGCGAUUCUCUCGAGAGCUUUGACCCAACUGGGCAAGGAGACGGCUGAAAUUCAAGCUUUAAUGAACAGUAUAACGGGAUGAAUUAAAUAAUGUCCCUCCCCCCCACCACCACCACCCGAUUUAAAUGAUGUAAGCUCUUUUUCUUUGUUUUGUUACCGACCGUUUCUGGUUUUCUAGCAUGGCGUUUUUGUAACACGUGACUCAUCAAAGGGUUACAUAUCUUUGUUGAUCGUGGUUUUUUUUGAAGAUGUUAUUAAUAAAAUCACUAGGGCAACUUUGUUGUCAUCGAUAACAGUCUAUUUCGGUUCAACAAAAAUGUUAUCGUGAUUUAACUGGCGAUUUAAUUGGUUACUGUUUUCCUGACUCAAGAACCAGUGUUGCUUUGUAGUUUGUUCUCACUAUCAGCUUACUAACUCAUCAUUCGCUUUUUUUUGUCGCCAUUGUUGUUAUGUUGCUUUUCAUAAAGUUAUAGAAUAUCCCGUUAGCUUUCAGGUGGAGAGGGAGCAAAAUAAGAUUUUAAGAAAAGUGGAAGACCUAAAAAGGCAGAGAGAUGCAUGCAAUGAAAAACUAGGAGACAUCAAAACCUUAACUUCAUUUGUUAUGCAAGCUGUUCGAUCCUGGGAUGAGGUAUAG